GCAAAUGUCACUAUCUUUUAUUUACCCCACCGCACAUUCAUAUUCUGCUUAUAUUACUGGAAGCUCUCCAGAUAUGGCGACAAUAGAGAGGGAGGUCGCUGCCCGUGUUGUGCUUCAGCAAUGUUUGCAUGCCAAGUUGCAGGUUAGACCUCAGGAUAAGGACUCUGAUGCUGAGUGGGUGGAGAUACAAAGGGGUAUGGUCAUGUAUGUCUGCUUUUUUAAAGGUUCAACAAAAGAUUUAAUUCCAAAAAUGGUGAGCUCCCUGCUAAAUGUGAAAUUGAGUGAAUCCGAUUCUGGAAAACGCGAGUCCAUCACCGAACUCCCUGGAGAUGUACUUAUUGUUCCUCAGGCUACACUUGGAGGAAAGUCAAAGGGUCGCUGCAUGCAGUACCAUUCAAAUGCAGGCAAGGAGCAGGGCAUGGAGUUAUAUGACCUUCUUAUAGCUCAGUGCCAGAAGGAACUGGAGGCUCACCCCCAAUGGUUAAAGUCUGGUGCUGCAUUGCGUUAUGGAACCUAUGGAAACAGACAGGUUUUGAAACUUGAUACCAAUGGACCUUAUACACACUUACUGGAAUUCUGAACAUUUCCUUACACAAUAUACAAUAAUUUCCCUUGUUUAACUGUUGUAACUAGAAGACUGACAGUCAAUGAGUAUAUACAUAUUUAAAUAAAUAUCUAGCGUACGUUCCAGGUAUCUUAUAUAUACAUAUAUUAUGGCUAAAAAAUGUUUUUGUGGAUUCUUAUCCUUAAUUAAUUUCUCUAGAAUGCAACAGUGUACGAUUAGACUAAGGGGACCGCAAUGGGGACUUCGUUUGCUCCAGAGUUAAGCCAAUCUGUUCAUGGGUUGAUUCGAGUCCCUUUUUAUUAGGAGAUCUUCCUUUAAAAAGACCAAUAUUUUCUGCGAAGCAUUAUGGAAUUUAUGAAAACAAACAAGAUUAAAACCUUGAUACCAAUGGACUUUAUAUGCAUUAACUGGAAUUAUGAACAUUUACUAACACAAUAUUGAAUUAUUUCCCUUGUUUAACUGUUGUAACAAGAAAUCGGGCAGUCAGUAAGUAAAUACAUACUUAAAUAAAUAUGUAGCUUACUUUCCAGGUUCUUAAUAUACGUCUAUUAUGGCUAAAAUUAUCCUAUUAAUCUAUAAUUCAUGUCUCUUUAAUGGGACCGUUUAACAUCAGCCUAAGGGGACCGCGAUGGGGACUUUGGUCGCUCCAACAUUAAGCUAAUCUGUUCAUGAGUUGAUUCAAGUCCCUUUUCAUUGAGAGAUCUACAUUCAAAAAAAUCACAAAAUUAUUUACUUCCGUUACAU